CGUGACUAAUUGAUAAAGAUAUCAGUGUUUUGAGUGGGUUGUUUAUAUCAGGAUUUCAUCAUGAGGAUAAAUGAGAAUACUUUACUGGAGGGACACAAAGUCGUGUUGGUUCCUUAUAACGCGGAGCACGUGCCCAGGUAUCACGAGUGGAUGAAGUCUCCUGAGCUGCAGCAGCUGACGGCUUCAGAGCCGCUAACCCUGGCUCAGGAGUACGACAUGCAGACGAGCUGGAGGGAAGAUGACGACAAGUGCACGUUUAUCAUCUUGGACAAGCAGCUGUGGGCGGACCCCAACGUACCGGAGGAGCAGUGCAUGAUGGGAGAUGUGAACAUCUUCCUGACCGACCCGUCGGACCCCUCGCUGGCUGAGCUGGAGGUCAUGAUAGCAGAGACGAGUUACAGAGGAAAAGGCAUCGGAAAGGAGGUGACGCGCAUGAUGAUGAGCUACGGAGUCACCAAACUUGGGAUUAAAAAGUUUGAAGUGAAAAUCGGGUUGAAAAACGAGGUCAGCAUCGCCAUGUUCAAGAAGCUCCACUUCCACGAGGUUUCCGUGUGUCAGAAGUUCAAAGAGGUGACCCUUGAGAUGACGGUGAAUAAGUCUGUUCGGACGAAGCUGCUGGAAGACACGAAGUACAUGAAUGAGAAAGACUACAGACAGUCCUGCAGCAACAAACAGGGAGUGACUUCACUGUGACGUGUCUUGCUGAGCUUCACACACACACACACACACACACACACACACACACACACACACACACACACACACACACACACACACACACACACACACACACACACACACACACAUAUAGUAAAGACUUCCACCCAUGGAAAAAUACUCUGGGACACGAAGUUGAAAACUGGUGUGGAGUUAAGACUCCUAUUCACCUCUAUAUGCUGCUCCUUUUAAAGGGGACAUUUCAUCCUUAAUGCAGGUUUCUGGUGGAUAUUUAUGCUUAAUAUGGAGUUCUUUGACUGUAAAUCAUGCAAAGAUAUUCCAGUAGAGCCCCAGAUUAAAGACAUAAACCUGGAAAUGUGCUUAAAAUGUCCCCUUUAACAGUUGUCUCAGUCAUUCCUGGACACCUAUUAGUUUCAAGGUGCUGAUAGUAUUUUCUGCUUUCUGUCCACUACAUUUCGGAGGGAAGUACUGCACAUUAUGUUGCCAAAAGUAUCUGCACACUCCAACACAAGUAUACGGACACCAGAAACCAUUAUAUGAGAUAGAAGUUACUUCGACAUCGAGCGCUGAUGUUUCAUUUCUUUAUAGAUGUGGUUUUGUGCACUGGAGGGGACUGAAGGGUCAAACCCAAACUCUUGCUGCAAAGUUUGACUAUUGUUUAAAAUAUUAUUGUAUGGUACAGGGUUGUAACUAAUGAUUAUUAUACUUAGCGAUAAGUCUGGCAAUUAUUAUCUCAAUUAUUAAUUCAAUUAAACAUCAGAAAUCGCCCGUCAGAACAUCCUAUAGUCAAAGGUGAUGUCUUAUUUGUCCAAAACCUUAAAAUAUACUCAAAGAUUCUUACAUUUGACAGCUUUGAACCAGCAAGUUCGUGACAUUUUGAUCAAAAUAGUUGCUGAUUAAUUUUUUUUCUUGUUGCAAAUCUAGACCAAAUCUUAAAGCAUUUCUUGUCUAUAACUUCUGUGGCUAUGUAGUGUGUGUGUUGUAGAUUCAGGUUUUACUUCCAAUAUGAAGGAAAUACGAAAUAGAAAGAAAAAGAAAACUCUCACCUGGAGAAUAGAAAAAAAAAAUACUUAUUUCCCUCUUUCUUAAUUUUUUUCUGUCACUUUAUUUACUCUUUUCCUCUUUUGCCUUCAAUAUUUAUUUAUUUCAAGUGAAAACCUAAAAAUUCCCCAAACCACCGGUGUGAUAUUUUUUACAGUAUUUGCUUUCAGUUUUGAUACUUCGGUGCAUUUUAAUGUUAAUCCUUGUUUACUUUUACUCAAAUAAAAAUCUAUACCCAGA